AUGAAGUACGAACGCAUGCCAAUCGAGAUCGAGUCGCCGGAGGAGUACGGCUACGAAAAAAUCAAAUACAAUCUCUCCGAAAGCUCGAUCGCUGAUCAAACUCUCUCCUCUCUGGGUCUGACUAUCCCAGACCUCACGCUCCUAUACAAUGAACACCAGGGUAGCACCCAGCUUCGAGAUAUUAUUGCUUCAGAUGCUGGCGUGAGCAGAGAUGAUGUCCUCAUUACUGGUGGUGCUGCUGGGGCACUUUUCAUUAUCGCCACUUCUCAGCUGUCUAGCGACGAUCAUAUUGUUGUGGUCCGGCCCAAUUACGCCACCAACAUCGAGACCCCACGAGCAAUCGGUUGUCAGAUCAGCUAUGUUGAUCUUACAUUUGAUGAUGGCUUUCAACCCGACCUUUCUUAUCUUGAAUAUUGCAUCACGCCAAAGACCAAAAUUUUAUCCAUCACUUGCCCCCACAAUCCAACUGGCACUUCGAUCUCCAGGCAAGCAUUGGAUAGUCUCGUGGCUCUUACCAAGCAGAAGGACUGCAUUCUCCUUGUUGAUGAAACAUAUCGUGAUGUUCAUUACGGAACACAGCUCCCUGUGGCUGCAUCUCUCGCCGAUCAUGUCAUCAGUGUGAGCUCCCUGUCCAAGUCAUACGGCGUACCGGGGAUCAGACUCGGAUGGAUUAUCACACGUGAUCAAAAGCUACAAACAACCUUCCUUGCAGCCAAAGAGCAAAUUAGCAUCAGUGGCAGUGUGAUCAAUGAAUGGAUUGCCAGCGAAUUGUUGUCGCGCAAACAGACUUUAUUGAAGGAGACAAACGCAGAGAUGGAAUCCAGACUUCAACUUGUUAAAUCAUGGGUUGAAAGGGAGGAGAUGAUUGAGUGGGUAGAGCCAGUUGGUGGCGUUGUGUGCUUUCCAAAGAUAACAAAGGAGCCCGCGGGUGGCAUCGAUGCUUUUUACAAGCGAUUGCUCAACAAAUACCAGACAUACGUCGGUCCUGGACAUUGGUUUGAAAUGCCGGAUGCUUUCUUCCGCCUUGGAUUUGGCUGGCCAACUAGAGAAGAGCUUCUGGGUGGUAUGGAAGCUAUCUCGAAGGCUCUGAGAGAUUCUGAGAACUGA